UUUUGUUCCUGAACGACAGUCGCCAUUUUGCUCGUUGGCGUCGUAAACACACCGAGCUAGCAAUCUAGCAGAGCAAGCUGACUUCAAAUAUCAUCUAUCUGGAGAGUACAGUGUCUUAUUACAGAACCUGAAAUAACCAGUUGUUAAGAUGCGGCGGUCGAAGCGGCUACGCUCGCCCGAUGCCUGGGUCCAGGAAUACAGCUGGGAGGAGAAGGUGGAGGUUCGCAAACGUCUGCGGCGAAGCUCCCAAAGCGGUGACAGGGACAAGAAACCCCUCAGGCAGUAUCACCACUUCAAAACUUACGAAAGGUGUCGUGUGGACCCCGGGAGGCUGGAGGGCAGGGACCAGCGGGCCAGGGAGCCCAACGGUGCCCCCGCAAGCCAGGGGGCCCACAGCGACCCCCAGGGGGACCCGGCCAGGGCCGAACCGGCCAGGGACGAGAAGAACAGGGAGUGGCAUCAUUACAGCAAGUCGUCAGCACGCAGCGGCCGGAGCCACAGGAGCAGCCACACUCGCCACCGGUCCAGGCGCCACAGCCGUACUCAGUCGGACUCGAGGAACCAGAGAAGGAAAAAGUCCCGGAGUUUUGAGGAUGACGAGGAGGGUCACCUGAUCUAUCACAAUGGACUCGUACUGAAAGCAAGAUACGAGAUUGUGUCCACGCUCGGAGAAGGAGCCUUUGGGAAGGUGGUGGAGUGCAAAGACAUGAUGAAAGACGAGUUCCGUGUGGCGCUGAAAAUCAUAAAGAACAUUGACCGCUACCGCGAGGCGGCCAUGUCGGAGGUGGAAGUCCUGGAGGAGAUGAACUCGCUGGACAACGAAGGCAGAUUCGCGUGCGUGCGUAUGCUGGACUGGUUCGACUACCACGGUCACGUCUGCAUCGUGUUCGAGCUGCUCGGCUUGAGCACCUUCGACUUCAUCAAGGAGAACGGAUUCCUGCCCUUCUCCGUCCACCAGAUCCGUCACAUGGCCUACCAGAUCAUCCGAGCCGUCUGCUUCCUCCAUAGGAACAAGCUGACCCACACUGACCUGAAGCCCGAGAAUAUCCUGUUUGUCAGAUCGGACUACGACAUCAAGUACAACUCCAAAAUGAAGCGCGACGAGAGGACGCUGAAGUGUUUGGACGUGAAGGUGGUGGACUUUGGCAACGCCACGUUCGACCACGAGCACCACACCUCGGUGGUCUCCACGAGGCACUACCGCGCGCCAGAGGUCAUCCUGGAGCUGGGCUGGAACCAGGCGUGCGACGUGUGGAGCCUGGGCUGCAUCCUGAUCGAAUACUACCUGGGGCUCACCCUCUUCCAGACCCAUGACAGCAAGGAGCACCUGGCCAUGAUGGAAAGGGUUCUGGGCCCCAUACCAGCCCACCUGCUGCAGAAAACCAAAAAGCGCCGCUACGUGCAUCACGAGCGUCUGGACUGGGACGAACACAGCUCCUCAGGACGAUACGUGCGGAAGCACUGCAAACCCCUCAAGCAAUACAUGUUGUCGAAGAGCUGGGACGACGAGCAGCUGUUCGACCUCAUCCACGGGAUGAUGGAGUACGACGUGUCCAGGCGUCUCACCCUGGAGGAGGCCAUCUGGCACCCCUUCUUCGAUCCUCUCAGGAAAGACCGUCGGAAAUGACCCUGGCCUACACGCUGUACAGAGGGGAACCGAGGCGCGUACACGCGUACGCAGACACACUGCAAUUUCUGCUCUCCAAAGGAGAUUCGUAUAGACUGCAUCAGUCCUCCUACGAGAUUACUUGUCUGUUGACUUGCGGCUGUGUGUGUGACUGUUUUCUAAGCUUCUAUUUAUGUACUUAUUUUCUUUUUGAUGAGCGCUGUUUUGAUGAUUUGUGAUUUGUUUAAUAAACCUGUUCAUGUUCUCAAACUUGA